GUAUAUACGUACGAGAGGUACAAGAAGUAGGCGAUAGAGUGGCCCGGUCGGUUGGAAAGGAGCCGGCACACGACUCGCGCGCUCGCCUGGGGAAUCGUGCGCGUAAACGAUCGAACGUUUCAGCGAAACGGUGUGUUAAAUGACGAGGUGGCCGACGAGGUGGAGGUGGUGGCGGCCCGAUACGUGGUAAAACGUUCCGGACGAGAUUCGGGGAAAAACACGGUCGCCACCGAACGGGGAAGAAGAGACAGCGGCGUGGCAGAUGAGAUGUGAAGCACGAGGACUACGCGGCGUGGAGCUGGCGGGAGCGAAGGCGGAAGUUAAGAAGCCAAAGCUGCCGAAGGCGGUCGCAGGGGCGACGGCAGCUCGAGGGGGCACCUGGCGGGGGCCGCCUGAGAUGACGACCCUGCGACGGGGUAUCGUGGCACCCCGGUACAACGCUUACGUCCUGGUUUCGCUGAUCGGGCUCUUGCUCCAGACGCAAUCUGCCACCGGCGGCAUAUGCUGGUCGUCCAUCAGCAACGGUCGCUGCAAGGAAUUACUGUCGCAAGGAGUGACAAAGGAAGAUUGUUGCGCGUCGAACGCAGCGGCUGCGACCGCGUACUCCGAGGAAGACCUCGAUAGCGGAAGUCUCUUUUUUUGGCGGGUGCUGGGAGGAGGUGUGCAGUGUCGUCCUUGCAGAGAAAGCUGCGCGGAAGUGAGGUGCGAGGAAGGGAAGAAGUGCGUGGUGCGUAGAGGAAGACCAAGGUGCGUGUGUAGCCCGGAGUGCAAGGCACCGAGAGGAGGAGGCCCGGUCUGCGGGACGGACGGCAAGAGCUACAAAAAUCUGUGCAGACUGAAGAAACGCGCCUGCAAGAAAGGAAGCCACGAGCUAGCGGUUGCCUAUAACGGCCACUGCCAAAGUUCGUGCGCACGGGUCCGGUGCGGCCAAGGCCGGAGCUGCCUGCUGGACCAGAACCUGAGCCCGCACUGCGUGAGGUGCGCCCGCAGGUGCCCACAGCCGCCCCCGCAACAGCGAGCCGCUGCACGCCCCGUUUGCGGGGCCGACGGAAACACCUACAAGAGUGCCUGCCACCUGCGACUCGCCGCCUGCCGCGCAGGUCGCGCCAUUCCCGUCGCCUAUAAGGGCCACUGCAAACAGAACGCAGACUGUACAACGAUUCGCUGCCGCGAGGGGCAGACGUGUCUGUCGGAGAUGAAGUCAGGCCGGCCACGUUGCGUGACCUGUACCUAUCGUUGUCCCCGGAAGCGGGAACGCGUCCGGAACCGGACACACCGUGAUCGCGACCCAUCGGCGACCAUGUUGUGCGCCACCAACAAUAUCACCUAUCCGAGCUGGUGUCACAUCGUCAAGGACGCCUGCGUUACAGGCUUCGUCCUCGAGACGCGACACGCCGGCCCCUGCAACGCCUACGAUACCUCUCCUCUCUAUAUCGAGGAGGACAACACCUCGAGCAACUACGGCGUCGAUCUGGCGGACGAGGACGCGAGAUUCGAGGACGCCGAAUCCCUGUCGUACAACGGGCAGACGCAUCGUUCUUUGGCGUUGUCGUUAUGUUCAUUAGUACAGUUUGUAAACAAUAGUAAAGAUUACUGUGAUAAAAAAGCAAUAAUAAAUUUUAUACGAAUUCAUGUGAUACGUAAUUUUAUCAGAAUGUAUUUGAAAUUUAUCAUUACCUUCUGUGUUUUUUAUUUAAGCUAUGCUUGGGAGAUACCGGAUAACUUCGCUAAGACCGGUCAUUCGAAUAAUUGGGCCGUAUUAGUCGAUACUUCACGAUUUUGGUUUAAUUAUCGACAUGUAGCAAACGUGUUAUCCAUUUAUAGGAGUGUUAAACGCUUAGGUAUACCGGAUUCACAAAUUAUUCUAAUGAUAGCAGACGACAUGGCAUGCAAUCCAAGGAAUCCUAGACCAGCUACUGUUUUUAAUAACAUUAAACAACAUAUUAAUGUUUAUGGAGACGACGUAGAAGUAGAUUACAGAGGUUACGAAGUUACUGUAGAAAAUUUUGUGAGAUUAUUAACUGGACGGUUAGCACCAGAGACACCAAGAUCUAAGAAGCUAUUAACCGAUGAAGGAUCAAAUAUUUUGAUUUAUCUUACUGGUCAUGGUGGGAAUGGAUUUCUGAAAUUCCAAGAUUCAGAGGAAAUUACUAGUAAAGACCUUGGAGAUGCCUUGGAGCAAAUGUGGCAGAAAAGAAGAUACCAUGAAAUUUUAUUCAUUGUUGAUACUUGUCAAGCAAGUUCAAUGUAUGUGAAAUUUUAUUCUCCAAAUAUACUAGCAGUUGCUUCUAGUCUAGUGGGAGAAGACUCACUCUCUCACCACUUGGAUCCUGCCAUAGGUGUUUACAUUAUAGAUAGAUAUACAUAUUACGCGUUGGACUUUUUAGAAAAAGUGGAACCAUCGCAUUCCAAAUCAUUGGGAGAAUUUCUCAAAGUGUGUCCCAAGCAUUAUUGCUUGUCAACAGUAGGAGUGAGAGAUGAUUUAUUUAGAAGAGAUCCUGAUAAAGUACCAGUCACUGACUUCUUUGGAUCACUAAGGCCUAUAGAAUUAACCACAAAUAUAAUGAAUAUUUUACCAAAUAAAAUAAAUAAAACAAAAACCAUCGAAGUAGAAAGGAAGUAUUCUUAUGCUGCCCAAUUUCCAGAUGUAUCAAAAUUAACAGUUUCUAAUAGAAUCUUUCCAACUUUACGCAAUAUGAUAUUUCUGAUGCAUUUCUUGGGUAACUGCUUGAUAGUUGCUCUCACCAUCUGCACUCUGUCAUUCGCGUACAGACUAAACGAGGAUUAUAUCGAAGUGCACGCCAUUGACGGGAACAAGUUAACGAAACUAGAGCAACUACCUCCUCAAGAUCCAGCGAUCCAUUCUUUCCCAACAGUGCCUACGGCCCCACUGAUACCCACCUGUGCACAGGAAGGAUACUUCAGGGACCCCUUCAACUGCAAGAAAUUUUAUUACUGCGAGUACAAGAUGGCAGUUCCUACGGGUUUCUAUUGUCAGUAUGGACUAACGUUUAACACGCUCACUAAUUCCUGUGAUGAACCUGAAUACGUGAAUUGCUGACUGAAAUAUUUUUGAACAAAUAUCUCUGACUGUGCGACUGUAUUUAUUGAUUCUCGUGUAUGGCUGUUUGAGAGUUGUAAAUAAUCUAUCGUGAUGGCGAUAGCAUUGAUAUUUAUUUAUCGACUAACUAUAAAAGUUAUUUAGUAACUGAGAUAUCAUGGAACGCAUCCUUACAGGAUACACUGUAUUUAUAAAAUGUAAAUAAAAUUGCAUACGUUACGAAAUAAUGGAUCCCUUUAUAGAAAAAGGAGGAAGAAAGAAACGGGAAAAGAAAUCGAUCACCUAAAUGAUAAACGACAGCUCGACACAGAUACGACAUAAUAUCCUAAAAAUGAAAUCCCACACCUCGAAUGUUCCACGACGAUGGAAGUGAACACGUAACGAGUACAAUGAAUCAUGAUUUUAUUUGUUAUAUAAUAAUAUCUACAAUAAAAAUACCACAUCGUUUGAAAAACAAUUUUCGUUACAAUUAUACAGUGAUUUUAUAUAAUAAUAUAAUAUUUAGGUUUUCGUUCCAAAUAAGAUGUAGCGAUGAACAUACACCUCGCAGUGGGAGUGAGAAAAUACAUUUUUUUUUGUUGCAAA